AUGGAUAAAAACGGCAUUGUGUUGAUGCAAAGGUACAAAUCAGGUCGUCUCCUAGGUCAAGGCACGUUCGCAAAAGUUUACCACGCACGUAACCUAAAAACAGGAGAAAACGUAGCUAUCAAGGUAAUCGACAAGAAGAAAAUCGCAAAAGUCGGACUAAUCGACCAAACCAAACGAGAAAUCUCAGUAAUGCGUCUCGUCCAUCACCCAAACGUCGUCUUUCUCCACGAAGUCAUGGGCAAAACAAAGAUCUAUUUCGUGAUGGAAUAUGUUAAAGGCGGUGAGCUUUUUGACAAAGUAUGUAAGGGAAAGCUGAAAGAAGACGUUGCUCGAAAAUAAUUCCAGCAAUUGAUCGGUGCAAUCGAUUAUUGCCAUAGCCGCAGUGUUUACCACCGUGAUCUCAAACCAGAGAAUCUACUUCUAGACGAAAAUAGUGAUUUGAAAAUAUCUGAUUUUGGUCUUAGCGCGUUGAGAGAGUCUAAGAAACAAGAUGGCUUGCUACACACGACAUGUGGAACACCUGCUUACGUGGCGCCUGAAGUGAUCUCCAAGAAAGGUUAUGAUGGUGCUAAAGCUGAUGUUUGGUCUUGUGGAGUUGUGUUGUACGUAUUGUUAGCUGGUUUUCUUCCGUCCUCCUGGUUUAGAUGUCCUAACUGGUUUCCUCCUGAGGUCAAGAAGCUAUUAUCUAGGAUUUUGGAUCCUAACCCUAAUUCAAGAAUCAAGAUUGACAAAAUCAUGGAGAACUCUUGGUUUCAAAAGGGCUUCAAGAAGAUUGAAGAGCCUAAAUCGCCUGAUAGUAUGAUAGAAUCUCUAAUGAGCGACGUGCAUGCAGCUUUUGCUGUGCAGCCGAUGUGUUACACUGCAUUUGACCUAAUCUCUUCACUGGCUCAAGGGUUUGAUCUUUCGGGGUUGUUUGAGAAAGAAGAGCGAUCGGGAUCAAUGUUUACGACAAAGAAAGAAGCGAAAGAGAUAGUGUCGAAGUUUGAAGAGAUAGCUACGAGUAGUGAGAGAUUUGAUUUGAAGAAGAUCAAUGUAGGAGUGAUCAAGAUGGAAGAUAGAAGGGAAGGACGAAAAGGACAAGUUGCGAUUGAGGUUGAGAUAUUUGAAGUGACAAAGAGUUUUAAUAUGGUUGAGUUUAAGAAAAGUGGAGGUGAUACGAUGGAGUAUAAACAAUUUUGUGAUCGUGAGCUUAAGCCUUCCUCGAAAGAUAUUGUUUGGAAAUGGCAAGGAAACUAG